AUGAAGACGUAUAGCUCCUUAGAUACCCGGUAUUACGAAAAUAAGACCAUAAGCGGUAUUCUGAGAGCUAGCGGCGGCUUUACUGAGUACAUGAUUACUUCGUAUUAUGCGCUCGUCCACUUACCGGAUAACCUGGCCUUUGUAUAUAUAUCCCUUCUACGACAGGGCCGUGAGGAGACGUAA